CCCGUAGUCCGCUAAGGCUCAUGGGUUAUCCGGAAAGAUGGCUCCUGUCAUCGAUUGCUAUAAGGAUGUUUAGGAUGUAAAAUAAUAGCCGUUCGGAAAGUGAUAUAUUCGGUGCUGAAGCGGUGGCGCCUGUGAGCAGCUCUAUACACGAUGAAGCCCGGAAAAGUGAAGACCUGUUACGCAGAGCGGGACUUGGUGUACAGCUUCCAUGCAGGAUCACAGAGCUUCGUCCUCACCGUCCCUCUCCAGUUUCCCGUCCAAGAAAACCUCGAUCACUUACACGGACGUCUGAUGCUCCUGCACGACCUGCCCUGUUUCAUAGAAGAAGACCUGAAGAAGUCCCUGAUCCAGUUUGUUGAGGAGGAAACCAUUAAAGAUUUUGACAGAGAAGCCGAGCAGGCCCUAGAAGCGGUGAACUUGGGUCAGGUGGAUGUUGGAACCUUGGCCAGUACCUGGAUGACAGCGUAUACAGAGACAACACUAGAACAUGCCCGUCCGGAGGAUCCGAACUGGGACGAGGAUUUUGCCGACAUUUAUCAUGAUCUUAUCCACUCCCCGGCCUCUGAAACACUACUGAACCUGGAGCACAACUACUUUGUAAGCAUCUCGGAGCUCCUAGGAGAAAGAGACGUGGAGCUGAAGAAGUUACGAGAGAGGCAAGGUUUGAAGAUGGAUAAAGUGAUGCAAGAAUUGGGCAAGUCAUUAAGUGACCAAGAUGUCAACUCAGUAGCAUCUCAACAUUUUGAAUCUCAACAGAUGCUGGAAAAUAGAUGGAGCACAGAGCUGAAGCAGUUAUCUACAAUCCAGAAGCAGGAAUAUCAGGAGUGGGUGAUAAAAUUACACCAAGACCUCAGGAAUCCAAACAACAGUUUUAUAAGUGAUGAAAUUAAAGUGCAGCCAAAUCGCUUCCAAGAAUCUGCUGAUUCAAGUCAACCUCUGUAUGAGGAGCACAGGCAGAUGGAGGAAAGCUUUACCAUACACUUGGGUGCCCAGUUAAAGACCAUGCAUAACCUGAGGCUGCUGAGGGCUGACAUGCUGGACUUCUGCAGACACAAGCGCAGCCACCGCAGUGGAGUGAAGCUGCAUAGACUACAGACCGCCCUCUCCUUGUAUUCGACCUCCUUGUGCGGCCUGGUCCUCUUGGUGGACAACCGCAUUAAUUCAUAUAGUGGGAUUAAAAGAGAUUUUGCCACCGUCUGCCAGGAGUGCACCGACUUCCAUUUCCCACAGCUCCAGGAGCAGUUGGAUGUGGUUCAGCAGGUGGUGCUAUAUGCCAGGGCACAGAGGAACCAAAAGGCAAAGCACCAACAAGAGACAAGUAAUGGAAGUGAAGGACGCAGCGACAAGGUGAAAAAUGCCGAGCGCAACCAGUCUAAUUUAUUACCUGGGGAAUUUUAUGUGUCCAGGCACUCCAACCUCUCUGAAACUCAUGUGGUUUUUCACCUCUGUGUGGACGAUAAUGUAAGAAGCGGCAAUAUAACCGCCCGCGAUCCCGCAAUUAUGGGUUUGAGAAACAUCCUGAAGGUGUGCUGUACCCACGAUAUCACUACUAUCAAUAUCCCUCUGCUCCUUGUCCAUGAAAUGUCUGAGGAAAUGACUAUACCAUGGUGCCUGAAGAGAGCCGAGCUGGUGUUUAAGUGUGUGAAAGGUUUUAUGAUGGAAAUGGUUUCCUGGGAUGGGGGUGUUUCGAGGACAGUGCAGUUUCUUGUUCCUCAGAACAUCUCAGAAGAAAUGUUUUACCAGCUGAGCAAUAUGCUUCCUCAGAUCUUCAGAGUCUCGUCCACACUCACCUUGACGUCUAAACGCUGAAGCCAGAGACCAAAAUGUGUCCGUGAAAUAUUUAAGCUCAUACAGAAGCAGCCAUUUUGUAUUAAUGGCUAUGCUGCCAUCAGUGGUGAUGGUUGCUUCUUAACUUCAAGGAUGUGACAAGUCUAGGGAUAUGGCAUAAUACAACUAGGGUUCCUGGACCCUACACAGCUGACAGUAUAGGCAUUAGUAGGAGCCAUGGUGGUCUACAUGUAUAUCAUGAUAUAAAGUACUAAUAAACACUCCAGUACAAUGAUGGUUUCUGUA